AAAAUCCGCAUACUAUCUGUAUCUCCAGAUCCAGUCCAUCCAGACGGAGGAGGUAUAUAUUAUCAUGAGCGCAUGCUUGUUCUCUUGGGCGAUUCGUCCCUUUCCUCUAAUCCCCGAAUCAGAUUCUCGAUGGCCUCCAAACCCUACUUCCAUUCGAUCCAUUCAUCUCAAACAACAUCUCAUACUCAAGAAUUCUCGAGACGAAGGGGUCGGUGUUAUCUCUCCGGACGACACCGUUUCACUGCGAACUCCAUUGAUCGAAGCAGCGAUUUCGAUCAAUGGAGGAGUUGCAGAGACUGUGGUGGAACAAGGAACUACCCCAGAUUUUCCCAAGGCUUCAACGAGAAGGUAUUCGAAGAAGAGGGAAGAUAUGGAGGAGGACGGCUAUGACAGUAGAUUCAAGCUCCGAAACGGAAGGGAGGUUUUUGAAGAGAAAGCCUACCUUGUGAGUGUUGAGCGCAAAGGUGAUACGGAGGAUUCCUUUGGCGUACAAGAGUCACUCAGGGAACUGGCCCAGUUGGCUGAUACUGCUGGACUGAUGGUUAUAGGUUCUACCCAUCAGAAACUUGCUACUCCAAAUUCGAGGACGUAUAUUGGAUCUGGCAAGGUGGCAGAAAUCAAGAGUGCCAUUCAUGCAUUUGGUGUUGAGACAGUAAUAUUUGACGAUGAGCUGUCAGCAGGGCAAUUACGUAAUUUAGAAAAGGCUUUUGGAGGAGAUGUUAGAGUUUGUGACCGCACUGCUCUCAUCCUGGAUAUAUUCAACCAGAGGGCAGCAACACAUGAAGCAGCUUUACAGGUUGCAUUAGCACAAAUGGAAUAUCAGUUACCUCGUCUUACAAAAAUGUGGAGUCACCUUGAGCGUCAAGCUGGAGGCAGGGUGAAAGGAAUGGGUGAGAAACAAAUUGAGGUGGACAAGCGUAUUUUACGUACGCAAAUUGGUGUUCUUAAAAAAGAGCUGGAGUCUGUUCGUAAACAUCGAAAGCAGUACCGGAACCGGCGUGUUUCUGUGCCUGUCCCAGUCGUAUCGUUGGUUGGGUAUACAAAUGCUGGAAAGAGUACGCUUUUAAAUCGAUUGACUGGGGCUAAUGUUCUCGCUGAAGAUCGCCUGUUUGCAACACUUGAUCCGACUACUAGAAGGGUACAGAUGAAGAAUGGGAAGGAGUUUCUUCUUACAGAUACUGUUGGAUUUAUUCAAAAGUUACCAACUACACUGGUUGCUGCCUUUAGGGCAACCUUGGAGGAAAUUUCUGAGUCAUCCCUUCUGGUGCAUGUGGUGGAUAUUAGCCAUCCACUGGCAGAGCAACAGAUAGAUGCUGUGGACAAGGUUCUUAGUGAACUGGAUGUAGCAUCAAUUCCAAAGUUGAUGGUGUGGAACAAGGUUGAUAAAGCCAGUGAUCCUCUGAAAAUCAAAUUGGAAGCAGGGAAAAGAGAAGACACAGUAUGCAUCUCUGCCAUAAAUGGUGAUGGAUUAGAUGAAUUCUGCAGUGCAGUUCAGGAAAAACUUAAGGAUUCUAUGGUAUGGGUGGAAGCUUUGAUUCCAUUCAACAAAGGGGAAUUUCUCAGUACGAUACAUCAGGUUGGAAUGGUCGAGAAAACAGAAUAUAUGGAGAAUGGGACAUUGGUUAGGGCUUAUGUGCCGCUCCGGUUUGCAAGGCUACUCACCCCAAUGAGAAAAGAAUAACAAGAAUGAUUUGGUUUAUUCAUGAAUGAGGUAGAUGUUAUGUAUAUAUAAUAGAUUCAUGAUACAAUUGAGGAAACGAUAUAAAUAAGAAAAUAAUACUAAAUCAGUGAUGGACACAAUCAUAGAUUAUAUACAUUAUACUAAAAAUAAAAAGAUUCUAUGCACUCUAAUUUCUAUA